GAGGAGAGCAGGUCCGGGUGUAAGAGGUCUCCUCCGCGCCGCCCCUUUAUUUCGCUGAACUUGCGGGCUCCAGAGACCUUAAACGGUUUGUUUGGGGCGCUGCUGCGGGCGGCACAGCUCUCUCCCUGCGCCUGGGCGGCCGGGGAAUUCCCACGCACCCACCCGGUUCCGCCGCCCGCGGGAGCGCCCAGCAGGGUCAAGUGGAUCCUGGGCCUAGGGAGAACGCGCGGGCGGCCCGAGCCUCGGCAGCGGCGGUAGCGGCAGCGGCGGCGGCGGCGCUGACACCUCCCACCAUGGACAGCUUCGACUUAGCUCUGCUCCAGGAAUGGGACCUCGAGUCGCUGUGGGGUGAAGACAUCUUAAACCAGAGGAAUGACUCUCUAGUUGUGGAAUUUCAGUCAUCAGCCAGCAGAUGCAGGAGUGUCUAUGAACCAGAUAGAAAUGCAUUACGGAGGAAAGAAAGAGAAAGAAGAAAUCAAGAAACUCAACAAGAUGAUGGCACGUUUAAUUCUAGUUACUCUCUCUUCAGUGAGCCCUACAAGACUAACAAGGGGGAUGAACUCUCUAAUCGGAUCCAGAACACUUUAGGCAAUUAUGAUGAAAUGAAAGACUUUUUAACUGAUAGAUCCAAUCAGAGUCAUCUCGUUGGUGUUCCCAAACCUGGGGUUCCUCAGACUCCUGUGAACAAGAUUGAUGAACAUUUUGUUGCAGACUCAAGAGCCCAGACCCAGCCCUCAUCUAUCUGUAGCACUACAACUUCCACACCAGCAGCUGUCCCUGUGCAGCAGAAUAAGAGAGGCACCAUGGGCUGGCAGAAGGCUGGGCAUCCGCCCUCAGAUGGCCAACAGAGAGCAGCACAACAGGGCUCUCUCAGAACCUUGCUUGGAGAUGGUGUUGGCAGACAGCAGCCGCGGGCCAAACAAGUGUGCAAUGUGGAGGUGGGCCUUCAGACCCAGGAGAGGCCACCUGCCAUGGCAGCCAAGCACAGCAACAGUGGACACUGUGUUCAGAACUUUCCUCCAUCCCUAGCUUCAAAACCCAGCCUGGUUCAGCAGAAACCGACUGCAUAUGUGCGGCCGAUGGACGGCCAAGAUCAGGCCCCUGAUGAGUCUCCUAAGCUGAAGUCAUCUUCGGAAACCAGCGUGCACUGCACAUCAUACAGAGGAGUUCCCUCCAGCAAGCCGGAGCCAGCCAGAGCCAAGGCCAAGCUCUCCAAGUUCAGCAUCCCCAAGCAGGGGGAGGAGAAUAGAUCUGGAGAAAACAACAGCUGUGUUGAAGAAAUAAUCCGGGAGAUGACCUGGCUUCCACCACUUUCUGCUAUUCAAGCACCUGGCAAAGGGGAACCAACCAAAUUUCCAUUUCCAAAUAAGGACUCUCAGCUUGUAUCCUCUGGACACAAUAAUCCAAAGAAAGGUGAUGCAGAGCCAGAGAGUCCAGACAAUGGCACAUCGAAUACAUCAAUGCUGGAAGAUGACCUUAAGCUAAGCAGUGAUGAAGAGGAGAAUGAACAGCAGGCAGCCCAGAGAACAGCUCUCCGCGCUCUGUCUGACAGCGUCGUGGUCCAGCAGCCCAACUGCAGAGCCUCAGUGCCUUCCAGCAAGGGCAGCAGUAGCAGCAGCAGCAGCGGCAGCAGCAGCUCCUCCAGCGACUCGGAGAGCAGCUCCGGAUCCGACUCGGAGACCGAGAGCAGCUCCAGCGAGAGUGAGGGCAGCAAGCCCCCCCACUUCUCCAGCCCCGAGGCUGAACCAGCAUCUUCUAACAAGUGGCAGCUGGAUAAAUGGCUAAACAAAGUUAAUCCCCACAAGCCUCCUAUUCUGAUCCAAAAUGAAAGCCACGGGCCAGAGAGCAAUCAGUACUACAACCCAGUGAAAGAGGAUGUCCAGGACUGUGGGAAACUCCCCGACGUUUGCCAGCCCAGCCUGAGGGAGAAGGAGAUCAAGAGCACCUGCAAGGAGGAGCAGAGGCCGAGGACAGCGAACAAGGCCCCUGGGAGUAAAGGCGUGAAGCAGAAGUCCCCGCCCGCGGCCGUAGCCGUGGCGGUGAGCGCAGCCGCCCCGCCGCCCGCAGUGCCCUGUGCGCCCACGGAGAACGCAACCGCGCCCGCCCGGAGGUCAGCGGGCAAGAAGCCCACCAGGCGCACUGAGAGGACCUCGGCCGGGGACGGCGCCAACUGCCACCGGCCCGAGGAGCCCGCGCCCGCGGACGCGCUGGGGGCGAGCGUGGUGGUCCCCCCAGAGCCCACCAAAACCAGGCCCUGCGGCAACAGCAGAGCGAGCCACCGCAAGGAGCUGCGCUCCUCCGUGACCUGUGAGAAGCGCCGCACACGGGGCCUGAGCAGGAUCGUCCCCAAAUCCAAGGAGUUUAUUGAGACAGAGUCGUCAUCUUCGUCCUCCUCCUCGGACUCCGACCUGGAGUCCGAGCAGGAGGAGUACCCUCUGUCCAAAGCACAGGCCGUGGCUGCCUCUGCCUCCUCCGGGAACGACCAGAGGCUGAAGGAGGCUGCUGCCAACGGGGGCACUGGUCCCAGGGCCCCUGUAGGCUCCAUCAACGCCAGGACCACCAGUGACAUCGCCAAGGAGCUGGAGGAGCAGUUCUACACGCUGGUCCCCUUUGGCCGGAACGAACUUCUCUCCCCUCUAAAGGACAGUGAUGAGGUCAGGUCUCUCUGGGUCAAAAUCGACCUGACCCUCUUGUCCAGGAUCCCAGAACACCUGCCCCAGGAGCCAGGGGUCUUGAGCGCCCCUGCCACCAAGGACUCCGAGAGCGUACCACCCAGCCACACCUCGGACACUCCUGCAGAAAAGACUUUGCCAAAAUCCAAGAGAAAACGCAAGUGUGACGUCGAAGACGACUACAGGGAGAUCAAGAAGGCCCAGGGAGAGAAAGAGAGCUCUUCAAGACUGGCCACCUCCGCCAGUAAUACUUUGUCUGCAAACCACUGCAACAUGAACAUCAACAGCGUGGCAAUACCAAUAAAUAAAAAUGAAAAAACGCUUCGGUCGCCCAUCUCACCCCUCUCUGAUGCAUCUAAACACAAAUACACCAGCGAGGACUUCACUUCUUCCAGCCGACCUAAUGGCAACAGCUUCUUCACUUCAGCCUCUUCCAGCAAAAAGCCGAAGGCCGACAGCCAGCUGCAGCCUCACGGUGGAGACCUCACGAAAGCAGCUCACAACAAUUCCGAAAACAUUCCCCUCCACAAGUCACGGCCACAGACAGAGCCGUGGUCUCCAGGCUCCAGCGGCCACAGGGACUGCAAGAGACAGAAACUUAUCUUCGAUGAUAUGCCUCGAAGUGCAGAUUACUUUAUGCAAGAAGCUAAACGAAUGAAGCAUAAAGCAGAUGCAAUGGUGGAAAAGUUUGGAAAGGCUUUGAACUAUGCUGAAGCAGCCUUGUCGUUUAUUGAGUGUGGAAAUGCAAUGGAACAAGGCCCCAUGGAAUCUAAAUCUCCUUAUACGAUGUAUUCAGAAACAGUAGAGCUCAUCAGGUAUGCUAUGAGACUAAAAACCCACUCAGGCCCGAGUGCCACACCAGAAGAAAAACAACUGGCUGCAUUAUGUUACCGAUGCCUGGCUCUCCUGUACUGGAGGAUGUUUCGACUCAAAAGGGACCAUGCUGUAAAGUAUUCAAAAGCACUUAUCGACUAUUUCAAGAACUCAUCUAAAGCCACCCAAGCCCCGUCUCCGUGGGGGGCCAGUGGAAAGAGCACUGGAACCCCAUCCCCCAUGUCUCCCAACCCCUCUCCCGCCAGCUCCGUGGGGUCUCAGGGCAGCCUCUCCAACACCAGCUCCCUGUCCCCGUCGACCAUCGUCAGCAUCCCACAGCGCAUCCACCAGAUGGCGGCCAACCAUGUCAGCAUCACCAACAGCAUCCUGCACAGCUACGACUACUGGGAGAUGGCCGACAACCUGGCCAAGGAAAACCGAGAAUUCUUCAACGACUUGGAUCUGCUCAUGGGGCCAGUCACCCUGCACAGCAGCAUGGAGCACCUGGUCCAGUACUCCCAACAGGGCCUGCACUGGCUGCGGAACAGCACCCACCUGUCAUAGGGACCUCACCCUUGAGCCAGAUUGAGCUCUGGUCUCGACAGAUGGCUCAACAUUUUUUGACACUGUGCUACUGAAAUUCCCAGCCACAGCAUUUAUCAAACUGCGGUGAAUAUUUCCUCAGCACUGAACAAUGGUCUUUUCCAGGGCAUGUGUGUUUGUAUGUGUGGGUAUAUAAGAAGCUGCCUGUGUAUGUGUGUAAGAUACACAGCUCUUCAGAAUACACCUUCUUUGUCUAGUUUCCAUAAUCCCAGGCUAGACAAAGUGAUCAGAGGUUUCUAAUUAGAGGAAAUACACACAUACACCAUACUCACACACAUUCACAGACACACACUUUCUAUUCCAGUGCUAAACCAUGACUUCUUAGAAAAUUCAACCAAAAUCUCAUGGGUUAGUUAACCAGUUGCAAUACAGCACACCAAAAGCUUGACUGCCAGUUAAGAUGGACCUGCUCUUAUCUUAUUGAUUACUUUCAGUAUUAAUAAACUAUUCCCCAGUUAUUUUUUGAUUGGUAUGUAUUAAUGGAUAACUGAAUAAUGAAAAUAAGCCAGAUAUUUUUGUGCCAGAAGUUUACUAGAUUGCAUGUUACCAAAUACUCGACUCUUCCUCUAAUUCCCUUCCCCCAUCUGACUUUAUUAUCAACUAAAUGCAUUCCAGGCAAAAGGAUGGACACUCACAGCCCGUCUCAGCCCCGCCCCCAAGUAGUAUGCAAAUGGCACUGAGAUUUGGCAAACAGAUACUAAAGCAGCAGUGACUGUGUGUUGGAGCUCAGUUAGGAGUUGAGGUUUUCGGCACCUGUGAUAACACACACAUUUCUUCUUCUUGCCACUGUGACUUGAUGCUGUAGAGGCACGUGGCAUUUGUCAGUCAAUCUGUGUUCAAGCAUUUUCUUUCCACCAAUAGCUUUCUUACAGAUUUCCUUGGCUAAACAGGCCAUUACCUAGAAUGUCACCUCAGUAGGAGCCUGAAUCCUUUGCUUUCCAGGCUAAGAGCUAUUUGCCAUGAUAAUGCUGUCUGAUCCUCUCACUCCUCAUGCAGAAUGUGCCACUGCAGUCCUUAGGUGCAUUUUGAUUUGGGGUGAUUUUUCAGGCUUUGAUUAGCAGGCUGCUUGCAGUGCAGGAGAUCCUAGUUCCUGUCUGGGGGCAGCAGCAACCAGAGCCUCUUCCUGUGUCCUGUGCGUCUGGUAUGUUUACAUCUUGCUCUGGGUUUUCUUCUUGUUUUCUUUUUUAAAAUUAAGUUUACAUUUUAGGGUUUUUUUGACAUCUUGUUUACAGUUUUUGUCUGACUUUUUUCUUUUAUAAUGUCUUAUGCCCUAGAUUUAGUUGUCUUGUUAAAUAUAUUUGGAUAUAAAAUCUUGGUGAAAAGAAAAUAACUCCUGAAAAAGAAGGUCUAUCUUGCCACACUUUAAAAACAAAAAUAAUGUCCUUGAGGCCUCUUACUUGAUAAAGUUGCACCAGGACAGUCUGAGAAAGGCAAGCAGUGCAGUCUGUGGAAUAAUCCAUUUAUUCAAGGUGAUGGCAGCACAAAAUACUUAAGACCAGCUGCUGAUUAUAUACAUUCACUGUUACUCUUAUGAUUAUAUACAUUCACUGAUACUCUUAUGAUUAUAUACAUUCACUGAUACUCUUAUAGGUUGGGUUGCAGCGUUAACAUUUUUGUCAGCCUGAUCUGUAGGUGGGAAACAAGAUCAUUCUAAUUCCCUAGCUCUGAGCACUGAAUCAAAAUCAUAUAAAUGAUUGAACAACUUAGAUGACUUGAAAUUAAUUGAAAAUAAGCAAGUGAAGGGCUUGUGGAAUUUGCGAUUUUGGCCUUCAAGCAUUUGGGAAUAUUAAGAAGAUUUCCAUUUUACGUAUCUCCAAUUAAGGUGCUUCUUACAACCCUUUCACUUUUUUUUUUUCAGGCGGAGUCUCGCUCUGUUUCCCAGGCUGGAGUGCAAUGGCACGAUCUCAGCUCACUGCAAUCUCUGCCUCCUGGGUUCAAGCGAUUCUCCUGCCUCAGCCUCCCAAGUAGCUGGGAUUACAGGCAUGCACCACCAUACCCAGCUAAUUUUUGUAAUUUUUAGUAGAGACUGGGUUUUGCCAUGUUGGCCAGGCUGGUCUCAAACUCUUGACCUCAGGUGAUCCAUCUGCCUCUGCCUCCAAAAGUGCUGUGAUUACAGGCAUGAGCCACUGUGCCCAGUCCUUCCACUAAUUUUUGGCAGAGUUCACAAUCCCAUCCUAUGUCAGAAAUUUGAACCUAACUUAAGAAAUUUUGAGUCAUUUUUUUUGCAGGACUGACACUUUGUUCUACUUGAAGAAUCCUGAUUAAAUAAACAUAAAGGGAUGACCCUCAAGGUCUGUCCUGCAUCCCCAGAGAGCUUCUCUGGUCCUGCUCACCUUGAAAGUUACAGGCUUUGUUGUGGCAUCUAUGUGAUGAGCUUCCCUGUGAAGCCUCAUUUGACAGGUGGCCUCUGGCUGAUUGGGCCAGCAGUGUUUUAUCAGCACCCUGAUGGCUCACAUUUCCCAAGAAAACUUCUUGAAACUUGCCCCUGUGAGCAGUGGUCAGAGCCUGCAGUUCCUAUCACUGUCUCUCGCUUCAUCUGAAGAACACGUUGCUACAGCAGUUUCUGUGGAGUUUGGCAUAGAUGACUUUGGUUAGGAACCGUCUUCCUGUUGUUGCUUGUGAAAGUCAUUCAUAACUUGUUCCUUUUAAUUAGUUUUGUUGUUGCUGCUGUUGUUAUUGGUUUGGUUUGGUUUUGAGACCGGGUCUGGCUCAAGCUGGAGUGCAGUGGUGCAAUCACGGCUCCCUGCAAUUCUUGGGCUCAAGUGAUCCUCCUGCCUCAGCCUCCCAAGGAGUUGGGAACAUAGGCACAUGUCACCAUACCCAGCUAAUUUUUUCUUUAUUUUUUUUUUAGAGAUGGGGUCUCACUAUGUUGCCCAGGCUGGUCUCAAACUCCUGGGCUCAAGUGAUCCUCUGGCCUCGGCCUCCCAAAGUGCUGGGAUUACAGGCAUGAGCCACCAUGCCUGGCCUGUUUACUUAUGUUUCAAGUUGAAAUAUCUUUCUUGUGUUUUCUGAUUAGAAAAGUAAUACCUGCUUAUUGUAAAAAUUCAAACAGUGCAGAAAUGUAGAAAGUAGAAAGUGUAAGUCCCUGGUUGUUCCUUCUGCCUGAGACAACCACUGCUCACAGUUUAAUGUAUAUCCUUCCAGAGACUCUCAAAUUUAAGCAAGUAAUUUUUAUUACUACAUCUUUCUAUUUGAAGACCUACACUUGUCUCUGAAGUUCAACACAAGUUGAACUGACCAUAUCCUUCCCAUGACCUGAAUGGAUAUUAUCCUUUAUCACAAUGUUCAAUUACCUUUGAAAGACAGUAGCCCAGAUAUAUUCCUAAUGAAAAUUUGGCAUUUUUGAUGAUACUAUUCCAUACAGAUCAGACUCAGUUGCAGAAUUGUGCCUGGAGAGAGAGGUUUGGUUAAGACAGAGAUUUCUGGAAACAUUCAAACAUUCAAAUUGCAAAUGGAAACUUGAAACCCACUAUCUAAUGAGGAAUGUACUGGAAAAAUAAUCUGAAGAGUUGACAAAUUGUGUACUAGAUUGAACACAUGGAAUGCAAUGCUAUGAGACUUUCUGCACUAAAACUUACCGUAAUAUGUACAACAAUGAUGUGUGUAUUAUAUAACAGUGAUGUGUACAUUUCUGACACCCCAUACAUAAUAUACACAGUUUGUAUAAAUGCAUACAUUUAAAAAUAUAUAUGUACAAUACAGCUAACAUAAAACUGUAGUAUGCCUGAAGGAUAUUACUAGUGCCUAAUAUUGAGUGUAAGUCACUGCGUGUUCGCAUCAACUUGGAAGUGCAGUAAUUGUUAUAAAAUUAAAUCAGUGCAGCCAACAUUAUUUAUGAAUCACAUCUUUGAAACUGUGCAGUAGCAUAUACAUAUAUAUUUUUAAAUAACAUUUUUCACAGUUUUCCAGAGUUACUGUUGAAAUCUGCAUCACCAAAAAAAAAAGCAAGAUUUUUUUAACAAAGUAGACACUCUUCUGGCCCAGUAAUCUGCGUGUGAUUUCCUAUUUGUAGAUUCCCAAGAGACUUUAGCAGUCACCAGCCUUAAUGCAUGUACAGGAUAUUAUUGUGACUUAAUUUAUCUGCAGUUUUUAAUCCAUGUGAAAUUGGAAUUUAUAAACGGACUUGGAUUAAAUAUGUCUGCCUUUCUAAGGUUGCAAAUGUUACAUUAAAUGAUUUAUGUUGUAAAUGACAGAAGUUGAGUUGUAUGUAAAAGAUGUUCACCAAUUUCUGUGAAUAUUUUUACAAGGAAACUUGAGAAUCAAAAUACGUUCAAGUCAGUUGUUCUGGCUCCCAGUUUAUAAUCUCUUUAAAAGCAAUCUUUUUGUUUCAUAAAUGGUUUAAAUGUAGCUCCCACAGAUUAUUAGUAUGAAGUCUGACAUUUUUCAUGAAAAAAGUAUGUUUUUCUUUAUUAUAGCUAUAGUUCAUUAUUUGUCUUUGCUGUUUCCUGAUACACACACACACACGUACGCAUGCACUCACGCACGUACGCACAUGUAGAAACAUCCUCCAGUGUCCCAGUGAGGGCUGAACAGGAAGUUUGAGAAGGUCAUCUCAAUGGCCACAGGGUUCCUGUUCAGCCAGUAGUCCUGGGAUGUUGCUCUGUCAUUCUUCAGUGUCACAAGUUACUUCCCUGAUUUGUGUGCCAGGCUCUUCCAUCUGAAACCAACGUGGUGGAAUCAUGUUUGCAAUAUUUGGUAGAGUAAAAUAGGAGAAUUUUGAACUAAGAAGAUGGAGCUACUAGACCAGUGGCUUGACAUGAAGUAUCCCCUACAUGGGAGGGCACGUUUGUUAACUUCAUCUUUAGCCUUCUCUCCCUCCCCUUUCCUUAUCCUCCUCCCCAAACUAAAGAAGCAGAAACAGCAACAAAAACAAAACCAUCGCUUCACCCGAUCUAGCCCAUAUCCUUAAAUUCAAAUAACCUUUGUCUUUUUCCUCCUAUACCAUCUGACACAAUUCAAUUGUGUCUAGAAAGAAAAAUGCAGACAGGGUUUGUUUACAGAAGGGCAGUUCAGUUGAGUCCUCAUUAACCAAGCAGAGGGGUACAGAAGAACCCUGAUGCAGGGUCACCGUGGAGAAGCCCUCAUCCCAGCAAUGGGUGGGACAGGGGACUUGGCUUUGCUUCACGAACCACUGAACUUGAUAUUCUUUCUUUUUGAAGACCUAUCAGAAUCAUAGGUCUGUAUUGAAGACAUAUCAGAAUUAUAUGUCUGUUCCUAUCAGAAUUAUACUUUCAAGAAGUCAUACAUUUUCAAAGAUACCUGGAUCAAGUGGAGUCUUGAAAGAUUUUUUUUUUUCUCUAAUGAAAGAGGAAAAACAGCCUUACCACAUAAACUGCCCUUCCAACCAUUUGGAACCAGAGUUUAUGUGCUCGUUUUCCCAUUCUCAGAAGAGCACCGUUUUUCAAUAUUACAACUUCCUGGCAAAUAGCACAAGAAAUGUUCAGACUUGAGAUUUGUGUUCCCUUUGUCCAGAUUAUUCUGUAUAUGUCACCAAAGGGGUUAACUUGUUUGCUUGGCAUGAGGAAAAUUAUAAACUCCAUUCUCAAACUAA